AUGAGCGAUGCCGCGCAACAAGAAUCACAGAACAGACCGCAUUACAUUCAAUUCCAGCAUCACAGGCGUGGGCGUAUAUGUCGCAAACAUGGAUCAGAGAAGUGCGGAUUCGGGAUCCCAUUUUAUCCAAUGAGCCAAACUCACAUUUUACAGCCACUACCCGAGACAGUCAAUGUGAAUGAGCGCCAAUGUCUUGCCAGACAGCUGCAGCAAAUAAAGGCUGCAGCUGUCUGGCAAGACAUUGGCGAAAAUUUAGACGGUCGGAGCUUCGACGAGUUUCUCGGUCUAUGCCAAAUUCCUGAGGAAGAAUAUUUGCUAGCAAAUAGGCCUGAACUGCGAAGAUGUAAAGUAUUUUUGCGACGAUCUCCUUCGGACAUUAUGAUCAAUCCAUAUUCCCCGAAAAUUUUGGCAACUGUGAGAUCCAACAUGGAUCUGCAGUAUGUGCUCGAUCCGUACGCAUGCGCCUCCUAUAUUUGA